AUGAUUUUAAGACCAUUAUGCGCCAGCAUUCUAUCAGCCGUGUCCUUCCAGCAAAUCAGAAAUUUUCGCCCAACCGUCAAAAUAGGCAAAGAUAAGUUCCAAAUAACUCUAAACGUACACCAAUUCACCAAAGAAGAGAUCAGAGUCAAAGCGAGACCAGAAUACGUCUGCAUCGAAGGCAAACAAGAACGAGAAACGAAGAGAGGUUAUGUCUUAAGGCAGUUUACGAGAAAAUUCAAGCUUCCGAAAGGAUGUAACCCUCAGCAAAUAAAGUCGGAAUUGUCUCCUGAUGGUACCUUAACUAUUACGGCACCUAGAGAGUUCUGUGAAAUAAAUUUGCCUUGUGAGAUGUCUGUGCCAAUUUCUCUUACUAAUAAUGUGCCAGAACAAUCGUUAGUUGAGGCGAAGAAAGCUGAGAAAGUGUCCACUGCUGAUUAUUGUAAGAAAGUUAUUGAAGAGUGUAAAAAGAUGAAGAAAUGA